AUGGAUACACAACUGCCCAAUAAUAACGAAAGCAUGAACCGCUUCAAUGACAUCAUCCAAAGCCUGCCUGCAAGAACCAGGCUGACCAUAUGCUCAUUAUGCUUGCUAGACAAUAUCUCCACUCAACUGCUGAGGUUUCUUAUCCUCAAUGCCAACUCUCCCAAUAUUAUAGCAGUCUUGACCGACCAGACGGCUUUCCUGAGCUCAGGCGAAACAGAAAUUUUUCAAACGUUAGUCAAACUUUUCAAGCAGAUCAGAAUGAUUUACCACACCAGGUCACCCUUGCUAUCGGUGCACGACGUGGCGCCUGGCCUAUGGUUUCCCAACUCCCCUCCUCCCCUCAUAUUGAGAGGCCACGAAGCGUUUAUCAUUACCGCCAUAAGGAAGGCCAAUCUGCUGACAUUUCUAUUGACAUCGCUGAACUGCCUCAAUUACGGAUUUGAGUUGCUACAGUCAAUAUUUCUCGAUAUUUUCUGUCCAAAUACAAAUACCGUCGGUAACAAUUCCCUGGAACAAAGCGGUAAGUUUUUGAAAUCGCAAGCUAUCCUAUAUCUUGAUUUGAAAACACAGGCUUACAUUGCCGGCUUGAAAGAGUUUCAGGACGAGGCAAACGAAAUUUCUUUGGAGAAAAAACAAGAGUUGCUAGAUUUAAUCUUCCCAUCCAACCUGGCAGACAUUCUCGUGCAGAGAAGAACCGGCGAUUCUGGAGACAUUACACUCUUGACUCCAUCGGAGAAGGACUUUGUUGAAAGGUGCGAUCGUCGUAGGGAAAAUCUGAAGAUUGUUCAAGAUUUCAACUCUUUGACCCAAAGCUACGAAUGGGCCCAAUUUAUCAGAGAGUUGCUAGAUUAUUGUAAUAAGAAUAUGGGCCUCAUCAUAUGGGGCAGAAAGGGUCGCGGAAAAUCACCAUUAUAUGAUUUUGAUGUCAACGAGUUUGAUCCUCAAGUACUCUUUUCUACAGGGACCAGAACCUUAGAUUUCAUGGACGACCAAAAUCAGUCAAACAGUGCGUCUGCAUUUUUGUCAUCUGCUCGUCCCAGUCAUUACAACGCACAUACACCUUCCACUGAUCCGUCCUCCAAAAAUCCAGCUAUCACACAAUCCAUUGUGGAUGCCGCUGUUGCAGCCUCAAUGACCAAUAGCAGCUCUGGUCCUCACUCCUCUCAUACCAACAGUAACAAUGGUAACAAUACUGGCAGUAUCGGAUUAAGAAAGCCAAAGGCGAAAAGAACUUGGUCCAAAGAGGAAGAAGAAGCACUAGUAGAAGGUCUGAAAGAAGUUGGUCCAUCGUGGUCUAAGAUUCUAGAUUUAUACGGUCCCGGUGGUAAAAUUACUGAAAAUUUGAAGAACAGAACACAGGUUCAACUGAAGGAUAAAGCUCGUAAUUGGAAAUUGCAAUACUUGAAGAGUGGCAAACCAUUACCUGACUAUUUGAUAAAAGUGACCGGUAAUUUGGAGAAAAUCUACAAGGCAAAGAAAAAAUUCUCGCAAUCUCCAAAUUCGUCGGCAAUCAUGGAACAGAACUUAUCCCAACAUCCUUCAUCAGCUGCAUCUACUAAUGAAGACACCCAAACUCAUCAGGAGGAUCCACAUGGACAAAAUAAUGAUAAUAUGCCAUCUAACGGACUCUUUGGCAAUAGUACAUCGGACAAUACAGGUUUUGACCCUCAUUUAGAAGAUGGAAUGUAG